UCGCCAAGCAUGGCGGCCCCCAUGUGCUGCGCUGCCGGCGAUCUGGACAAAUUUCGAGUAGCGUCGCUUCCCGACAGUGUCUACUACGUCCCGAAUUUCAUCACGGAUUUUGAAGAGAAGUGCCUUCACGACAAAGUCUACGAUGCACCUAAGCCGAAGUGGGUUCAGCUCGCUCACAGGCGACUCCAGAACUGGGGUGGGCUGCCACAUCCAAAAGGCAUGGUUCCGGAAGCUCUACCGCAAUGGCUGAAGGACAUAUGCGCCAAAGUUGCCAGCUUGGGAGUGUUUGGCGAGAAGUCGCCCAAUCAUGUCCUCGUCAACGAGUACAAGCCUGGCGAAGGAAUACUGCCUCAUGAAGAUGGCCCUCUGUACUACCCAGUCGUGACUAACAUCACUCUCGAUUCGAGCACUGUCAUCGACUUCUACAAGCCACGAAAGAGCAUCACCUGUGAGGUAGCCGACGACGCAGAGGGCAUGGAGAAGAAUUUCCACAUAGGGUCCCUCCUGCUGGAACGGCGGAGCCUGUUGAUAACAAGCGGCGCCAUGUACACCGACUACCUCCACGGCAUCGACGCCAGGACAGAAGAUGUCAUCGACGACUCCUUAAAGAACCUAGAUGCCUGCUCUGUGAAGCGAGGCAUGUUGCUUCAGAGGGGCACAAGGGUUUCCCUCACUAUACGAGUCGUUCCGAAAGUGCUGCGAGCAAAUGUGCUCCAAGCGCUUUUCAAGAAGUGAACCAGCUCUACUGCAGGAGACAUUUGAAAUCUGUAUCGUUCACAGAACCACAAUCCAUUUUGUCGAGUCUAUCAAUGUGGAACAGUUGAGAACUGAAACAAAGGUUUUGACUCGCCAACGCGCUUUUCAACCACAGGGUAUGUUGCGGGUGUUUACUCGCGCAGUGGUCACUUUCGGGGCGCGUGCCUCGAAACCUCGCAUUGCCUGGCACGUGGGCAAGCAAGAUUAUUUUUCUUUGUAAUAAAACCAACGUGUGUAUGUUUUUGAAUUGUUGUCUUUCAUCGUGUGUCAAGUACGUAGGGCUUAAAGUACAGUCUGCCAAACAUUUCGUCAAAGCUCACUUGAUGAUUGCUUCAUCAAUGUAGAGUACAAAAGCCGCCACAAAGUGGGUGCUGUUUCAGAAGAAGGCUCCGAGUCAAUAUUCUCCUAUGAAGUAAGUGUACAAAUGCCUCUGUUCAUAGUUCGUUAGCUUAAAGGUAUAACCUGAUCGCUACAUAUGCAGUUUGUUUGCAUGAUACUGUGACAGUCUAAGCUGUACAGCAUUGGGUUUCGAAUGUUCAUGGCACAGCUGGCAGAAAUAUGGCAAAAAAGAAAAAGUCCUGGCUGAAUAUUGUGUGAAAACUAGUUUUUCACUGCAUACUCUGUUUUAUAUCUAUUGAAUAAAUGUUUUUAAACAAC